AUGCAACUGUAACACUACAUAUCUCAAAUAGAGUACAUAAUAUUUACGAUUUCAUCUGGAGGACUGGACAGAGAGUGGAGAGAUGAGUGCAGUUGCGUCAUAUUCAUUAUAUAACUCAACAUUGUCUUUUAGUUUAAAUCAAUAUGUUUUGUGAAUUGAAAUAGGUUUUGAGGGAUCUGUGUUGUCAGUUAAUGGUGAUAAUGAGCAGAAAUACAUUAAUAAGUAAAUACUGACAUACAUUAAAGAAAGGCUGGAGCAACAAUUUGAGCCUUUAAGGGAGCUAAUGUGUAUAUGUUAGAAAGGGAGAAACUGUGUGUUUGUGUGUUUCAGGCAGAGAAAAAAAGAUAUUCGACCUCUAGCAAUUACAGUAGCGCCAAAGCAGAUGACGUGGGGCUGGGCCUGGAAAGAGGGAGGGAAUGAAGUAGUAAGGGGUGGAUGAAAGGAGGCUGUGGGAGGAGAACGCUUGGAGAAAAAAGGGAAAGAGAGAAACCGAUGCAAGCAACUCAGGCCGGCAAACUAGAUGCACUAAGAAAGCUGAAGAAGAUACAAGCUCUUUUUGUAGAUGACUGCAGAAUUCAGAGGGUGGUGCUCAAAACCAGAAGAAAGAUGUCAUGGCGGCCGACCUACCGGAGCUCCAAGUUUCGAAACGUCUAUGGCAAAGUGGCCAACCGAGAGCACUGCUUCGAGGGCAUCCCGAUCACAAAGAACGUCCAUGACAACCACUUCUGCGCGGUCAACGCUAAGUUCCUUGCCAUAGUAACGGAGAGCGCGGGAGGAGGAACCUUCGUUGUUAUCCCGGUCACUCAGUUUGGCCGUAUCGACCCUCACUAUCCGAAGGUCUGCGGUCACCAAGGCAAUGUGCUGGACAUCAAAUGGAAUCCUUUUCAUGACAACAUAAUCGCUUCUUGUUCAGAGGAUGCUUCUGUGCGGAUAUGGGAGAUUCCUGAUGGUGGACUGAGGAGGAAUUUGACAGAGUCUGUGUUAGAACUGUAUGGCCACAGCAGGCGUGUGGGGCUCAUAGAGUGGCACCCAACCACUAGUGGGAUUCUCUUCAGUGCUGGUUAUGACUACAAGAUUCUCAUUUGGAAUCUUGAGAUUGGAGAGCCGGUGAAAAUGAUUGACUGUCACACAGACGUGAUCCUCUGUAUGUCAUUUAACACAGAGGGCAGCCUGCUGGCCACCAGCUGCAAGGACAAGAAGCUCCGCGUCAUCGAGCCUCGCUCUGGCAAUGUGUUACAGCAGGAGGCGAACUUUAAAAACCACAAAGUGAGCCGUGUUGUGUUCCUAGGCAACAUGAAACGACUCCUAACGACAGGUGUGUCCCGCUGGAACACACGCCAGAUUGCUCUCUGGGACCAGGAGGAUCUGUCCAUGUCAAUCAUUGAGGAGGAGAUUGAUGGCCUUUCAGGAUUGCUUUUCCCUUUCUAUGAUGCAGACACACAUAUGCUCUACUUGGCAGGAAAGGGUGAUGGGAACAUCCGUUACUAUGAGAUCACCCUGGAGAAACCCUACCUGCAGUAUCUGAUGGAGUUCAGGUCCCCUGCACCACAGAAAGGGCUCGGAGUGAUGCCGAAGCAUGGGCUGGAUGUAGGAGCGUGUGAAGUCUUCAGGUUUUAUAAGUUGGUCACUCUAAAGGGUCUGAUUGAGCCAAUCUCUAUGAUCGUGCCUAGAAGGUCAGAGACAUAUCAGGAGGACAUUUAUCCCAUGACUCCUGGGACAGAACCUGCUCUGUCUGCCGAUGAAUGGCUCAGUGGAAUCAACCGAGGUCCAGUGCUCAUGUCUUUAAAAGAGGGCUACAACAGACCAAACAAACUGGUGUUCAAGGCCCCUGUGAAGGAGAAGAAGGGUGGAGUGGUCAAUGGGAUUGACUUGCUAGAAAACGUGCCUCCCCGUACAGAGAACGAGCUCUUGCGGAUGUUCUUCAGGCAGCAGGAGGAAUUGCGGCGACUGAAGGACGAACUUACGCAGAGGGACAUUAAGAUUCGACAGCUUGAGCUGGAGCUCAAUAACAUAAGAAUCAGCCCAAACAUCAACAACAAUAACAACAGCAGCAGCAAUGGUAGCAGCAUUUGACACUGGAUUUGUGCUGUGUCUUGUGAUCUCCUAAAGUGAGCGCUGCUGAAACACACAGGCUUCCUUCUCCUAAAACCAAGACCACAGAAGAGCAAGCGCUUGUCUUUAUAAAGCAGUGUCUCGCUCUGACCCCCAGUGUGGACCCCACAGCUGCUGUGUGCCAAGUCGACUUUAUUGGAGUGAUGAUUCACUGACCCUGUGAAAACUGUCCCAUAACAUGACCUUCAGCCACACUGAUGGUCUACAUGCAGUGGAUUGAUUCUCUCUAUUUGGAUUGGGUUUGGUACAAGCUAUUCAUUGCAUUAUCAUCUCAUAAUUGUAGACCUCACUAGAUUUAAUUAUUAGAAUUAUUUAUUUCAUAUUUUUUUCUUUGUGCAACUUAGCCUCGUUAGCUAAGCUAAAUUGCUUAAUAAACUCCAUAUAGAGAAGAAACGUGUUUUAAUAAGGUCAAACAGGCAUGCUUCACCCAUCAAGCUGUUAUCUCAUGUAAACACUAAGUCUACUGCAUCAUUUUGAUAUGACUGCACAGUGCUGUUUUAAUGUAGAAACUCAAACACCCCAGUUCAAUAAUCUUACACCACAGAUGGUAUUUAUCCAAUUGACUCUAGAAGUAUUGGGUUUUACUAAUACAAGUUGUGCACUGUUGCUUCUCAUAUGUGAAGUAUGUUCAGGUCAGUUAAUGACGGCAAUUCGAAUGGGUUUUUAAGUUAAAUAAAGCUCAGAAUAAUCUCAGAAUACAUUUAGAAAAAAUACAGUUUGCACCUGAUGAAAAUAUAAAAGUCCACAAAUUGUAAAAUGCAAUUAUGAAAUAAAUUAGUAAUAGGUAUAAGAGACUUACACUGCAUUUCUGCAGGAAAGUCAAGUUUGGAGAGAACAUGAGAAAAAGAAUGUUCGAUAAUGAGACACAACAAUGGUUACAAUUAAUGGCAAUACUUCAUUUUAAAGACUUACUGUGAUUCAUAAAGCAUACAGUUACUUUUUUAUUAAAUUUUAAAUCAAACGUAUUUAUUGAUUUCCAUUUUCAGUUCCUACUUUUAAGUGAAGAGUCUUGAGUUAACAUGAAUUAGGCUAUCCUUGCAGUCACGCUCUUCAGUGCGCGCUGCACUCUAGAAGUUAACGUAAUUGUGAUUUUAAACAUUGGUUUUGUCCAGAACAAACUGAACCAGUUUAAAAAAAAAAAAAAAAAAAAAGGUUGGACGGCACAUUUAAUAGAGCACUUAUGAGCUAAUGUGUUGUCCCUUUUAAAAAUAUAUUGAUCAUCUGAUUGCCAAAUGAACUAACCUUGCUUGACCAACGCGGAAAGCCCGGUUCACCUCUGAAUUCAACCAUCACGUGUUCGCCAUUUUCCUGAAAACAAUAUGAGCCUCAAGCUUUGUAAAUAUUUUGCUUCAUAAAACAGUAACACAAUCCCCAGCAUCCUCUGCUUCUUAUUGCAUAGUAAUAGCGCGUUUUGAGGUAAAGUGCACUUAAGGUAUUCUGACAUUAGGGGGCGGUAAAGCCACAGACUUGCUCACGUCACGUACUGAAAGGCCUACGCUUGCCAUGAAACGGACUACACAGCAUCCUCUUAACAUGAUAAAAGAGCAGUUCAGAAAGAGCAGUUCAGACACAAGCAGUAGUACUUAAGGAACACUGGAAUUAAUACUAACACUGGGCCUACUUAAAUGGGCCAAAGAGUGACAAACAGGUUGUUUGCAUGGCCUGUGGUUACGUUCCAAAUCUUCUGCCUGAUAAUUGUGCAUCAUUGAAAAUGUUGAGGUGAAGUGGUUAUUAAUUUGUUCACAGUGUGAGGUGCCAGAAUACUUAUGUUGUACUCAGGCCCCUUUUAUCUGGUGUUAGACAAGGCGCUCACUGCCUACACAAGCCUAAUUAAUGUAGAAAUAUUUCAAGCUGACAGUGCCUAAGGAAUUAUGAGGCUAUUAGGCUAACCUUUGUCUUUGAUUAAAAUGAGUAACAUUGAUAGGGAAUCAUUACCCUGUAUUUCACGAUUCAUUAUGAUUAACUGACUAACUAUAGUAUGUUGCACAAAAGGUAAGUGCAUACAAAGUAAAAACCUCUUCCUGACGAAGAAUAAUAAUGUACGGAGUUGAAUUUACUCCAAUGGUUCAUCAAAUCUAAACGCCUAGACCAGUGGUCUGGAGGGCCACAGAUCUGCAGUUUCGCUCCAAAUCACACCUGCUUGGAAGUUUCUAGUAAUCCUGAAAACCUUGAGUAGCUGGACCAGGUGUGUUUGAUUAGGGUUGGAGCUAAACUGUGCAGAGCUGUGGCCCUCAGGGAAUUGAGUUUAAGACCAAUGGUCUAGACUCUAGACCGAGACUAGCUCAAUUUACCUUGCGAUCUCACUCAAAAAAAUCCACACAGAUCAUAAUUAACACCUCUUUCACUGUAUGCCAGGGAUCUCCAACCCUGCUCCUGGAGAGUUACCAUCCUGCAGACUUCAGUUCCAGCCCUGAGCACCUUCAUUAGCUGGUUCAGGUGUGUUUGUUUGGGGUUGGAGCUGAACUUUGCAGGACAGUAGCUCUCCAGGAGCAGGGUUGGAGACCCCUGCUGUAUGCAAUGCUUUCAUGCUCAUGUUAGCAAAGCACAUGCGUGUACAGUAAAUAUUCACUGGAACAAAAAUGCUGACAUUCAUAUGAAAUCUGAAGUCUUCUUUUUAAUAAAAAAAUUCAAUCAGUAUGAUCUGACAACUGGACAUAUCUCAGUUAAAACUGUCUAUGUUUUAUUUAAAUUGGCAUGAUGCUUCUGAAUAUCUACACAAUAUUCAGUCAUAAGCUAUUUUCCCUGAGCGUCACUAUGCAAUUUCACUUCACAUCAGUUAACCCGCUAUUUCAGUGGCAAGGUGACAUACACUUGCCAUUUCCGCACAAGACUUUAAAUACAUAAUCUGUUGAUCAAGUAUGUAAUCACAUCUAAUUACAAUAUAUGGAUUUUCUGUAGCUGUCAGAACAGAACUUCAAACUACCAUAGAACCGGUUGCGUUUUCAUUCAUUUUAUUACAGUUAAUGGUUACAACUGAGAUUAUUUGUGAAAAUGUCUGCCAUUAUCAAAGGGAAUCAGAAAAAAAUAUAUUUGGUCAUUAUUUACAAAGAACACAAAGCCUCUGAAACUAUCCACACAAAAGGGAGAAGGGGUUUAGGGCUCAUCUGACAAGGGCAGACAUUCGGCUCUGAACAUUAAAAAAUAAAAUAAAAUAAAAAUCACAUUGAGAGGUUGAACUCUGCAUGUCCAAGCAGACAUCAUGGUGCGUUCUUCAUGCCUAAACAGCACGUCACACGGCGCGGGUGAUGAUGAUGAAAACACCAAAGAAACUAAUUACACAAAGAUGCAAUAAAAAAGUGGGUUAGAAAAUGUUCUUCCUUGAAAUCCAGUAGUCAACUUUAAAAUAGAGAGUCAGCCAUGCACUCCUAAAAGGUUUUUGGUUGUUUGUUUUUUUUCUUUUUUAAUACACAAGUCAUCACCAGCAUUUAGGCAUCAACAGUAAAGACAAGGGAAAAAUUACAAGAGCAUACUGGUCUUUUUUUUUUUUUU